AUGGAAAUCAAGGGAAGAAUGUCAUCUUACCAAUGCUUCGAUUGUCAGGAGACGAAUGAGGGAUGGCGAAUGCUAUCAUGCGGCCAGUGUUCGCAAAUCUGUUGCGCCCUUUGCGCCUGGAGACGCCACAAACAACAUCAGAAUAUCACGGACCUCUUCCCGGGAACAACCGAAGAAAUGGCCGAAAAGGGGAAAGGACUUCUCGAAGACGGGCUCGCCCACUUCACCAACAAGUUCAACACGUUCAAUCGGGAAGUGGAGGUGGCCAUCGGACAGUAUCAACACGAGACCAAGGCGGUGCUGGACGGCAUGCGUCCGGAUGGCCAUGCAGAAGCGGAAGAAAGACUCAAUUUUGUGCGAAACACGAUCUCACGUCUGCAGACGGCAAUGGAAGAAUGGCUGCCAGAUGGGGAUCGCCUCCUCAACACAAUCCGCCAUCUCACAACGGCUACCCUCCAGGCAAACGCCCAAGCCACGCCCCCCACCCGC